AUGGAAGCCGAGACAAAGGCCCAAGACGAUUCCCCGUCACCGACUAGCAACAGGUCCACGACGGUGUGCUACUUGGAGAAGCUGGACUUUCAACCUGCGGAGUCUCGCGAAUCCGAAAUAAAGCUCACCAAGGCCGAUCAACUUGCGGCCCAUGAGAUUCUCCUCUUCAGUGACAUUACCCGAGAGUGGGCAAAGAUCGAAGAAGGCAGUGGAGAAUCGGUGCUGCCGACGAAGGAGGUGAUGGCCAGCUUCUUCAAGACAGUUUUCAAUAAGUGGGACAGCGGCUGCGCGGUGGCUCCUAUCAAGAGGAAGCCAACGAUCCAAAGAGAUGAGAAAGGCAUAAUCGUCGGAGAAUGGUCGAAAGACCUCGAAGAGUCGCGUGCCGCCAAACUCAAGCGCAAGAAAGAGGGCUCGGAUCCGCUCAAGUUCGGCACCUUCGACAGCAAGUUUCAAAUGGCCGCGAGCACGGGGAUCAAAUACCUCCCUGGCAUGACACAGAAGAAGGCCGAGGUUCAAAUUAUCCAUCUCUUCGAUCAGGCUGAGAUCAUGCGGGUGGAUACAUACAACAAGAACGUCCUCACCUCUUUGGCCCGCAUGCGCCUUGUGGACUUCUCGAAGAAUGGGUAUUCCAAGGACAAGCCCGUUCCCGCGGUGAACCCAAAGCACUUGAUUAACAACCGCUUCGCCGAGCGAAAAUACGUGAAGCAGCAUCUGAUCAAGGACACGGUGGAGCAUGUUGAGCGCUUUACUGGUGUCUUCGGGGACAACUGGGAAGAUGUCCUCUUUCCCAGGAUCUACGGAGAUAACUGGAGAGAGCAGCUCUUUGACAGGGUCUUCAAGGGUAGCUCGAAAGAGUUGCCCUGUGCAAGCCCCUCAUCCUCUUUGUCUAGCGAUCAGCAACAACCAUGA